CUGAAGCUUGCAUGUUGAAUAAUACAAUGAGUCAUAUUGAAUGAUCAGGUCCCUAGAAAUCAUCAAUUGAUCGUACAUUCAUUGACCAUCUUCAUCUUCUCCACGUGCGCAAGCGUACCGUCCUGCGUUGCGCUACUCUACUCUGCCAGUUCCCUGGUCCGCCGCCCAGUCCCCGCCCAGCGUCAGUAGUCUUAGUCCCAGUCCAUCCACCGGAGCACUGCCGGAGUUGCCCCUCCAAUUUCUGCCGCAAAGAGCUCCGGUCUGCGCUCUUCAACUUCCACUUCCACUUCCACUUCCAAUCUCCAUUGCAUUCUGAGCUUCAAUUGCCUCGAGUCAUAUCACCGGAUUCUGGCAACUGAAUUCUUUUUCACCUCCAACUCGUCCUCGUUGGCCUUCGCUCUUCUUAGCCUCUGUCCGAUUCCGGAGCCCCGCGCCGCAACACUCUUAUCACAAUGGAUCUCGUCAACCACUUGGAAGGAAGACUUCUCUUCGCCGUCCCCAAGAAGGGCCGCCUGCAACAAGCCACCCUUGAUCUCCUCGCCGGCUGCGACAUCCAAUUCCGCCGCGAGACCCGUCUCGACAUCGCGCUGGUCAAGAACCUGCCCAUCGCACUCAUCUUCCUGCCCGCCGCCGAUAUCCCCACCUUUGUGGGUGAGGGCCGUGUCGACCUUGGUAUCACCGGCCGCGACCAGGUUGCCGAGCACGACUCUACUCUCCCCGCCGGCGAGACCUCCGGCGUCGAGGAGAUCCUCGACCUCGGCUUCGGUGGCUGCAAGCUGCAGGUGCAGGUUCCCCAAAAGGGCGACAUCACCGAGGCCAAGCAGUUGAUCGGCCGUAAUGUCGUGACUAGCUUCACCGCGCUGUCCGAGGCCUUCUUCACUAAGCUCGAGGGCGCCGAGCCUGGCUCCAAGCUCCAGACCAAGAUUAAGUAUGUUGGCGGCAGUGUCGAGGCUGCUUGCGCUCUGGGUGUCGCGGACGGUAUUGUCGAUCUUGUUGAAUCCGGCGAGACCAUGAAGGCCGCCGGCCUCAAGGCCAUCGACACCGUGGUCGAAAGUACCGCCGUGCUCGUCAAGUCCCGCGACUCCAACAACGAUCUCCUCAACCUCAUCACCUCCCGCAUUCGCGGUGUCAUUACCGCCCAAAAGUUCGUGCUCUGCCAGUACAACAUCCCUCGGUCCGAGCUCGCCGUGGCCUCCAAGAUUACCCCCGGCAAGCGUGCGCCUACCAUCACUGCUCUUGAGGAGGAGGGCUGGGUGGCUGUUAGCUCGAUGGUGGAGAAGAAGCGCGUGGCGACUGUCAUGGAUGAGCUGAUCAAGGUCGGCGCGACAGAUAUCUUGGUUCUGAACAUUGCCAACUCGCGUACGGAUUAAGCGAUGAAUCGUCGAUAAUUGUCUUUGUUUUUGGUUGACUGGUUUUUGCUCUGUAUGGGAACUAGCCGGAUUUGUUUCUUUUUUUUUCAUGACUGGUUGCGGAUUUCCCGUAUUCUGAGAUGCUCGCCUGAUGAUUCUAUACACUUUUGUUUUCGUUCCAUUUAUUUUUACCUUUUCUUGGUUCUUCUUUCUUCGGGCUCCUGAUCGGUCAAAAAACUUUCUUCACAGAUUACGUAUAUAGAGCAUUGGGUUAUAAAGCGAGUUUGAAGGGAGAAAAAGGACGUGAACGUCUUGUGUUUAUUAGUCUCUAUACAUGAUAGUUCAUAACCAGUUUCACUCUUUGCACA